CCAGGAAGUUCCUCAAGAUACAGCUGACAAACUGUGAUAGUAACUUCAUAUGACCAUACUGAUUUCACAAUGGGCUCCAUCAGUGCAGCAAAUGCUGAAUUUUGUUUUGACCUAUUCCGAGAACUGAAACCUCAACACAUAAAUGAAAAUAUUGUCUACUCCCCACUGAGCAUCAUAUCAGCCCUGGCCAUGGUCUACUUGGGUGCAAGAGGAAAUACUGCAUUGCAGGUGGAAAAGGUACUUCAUUUUGAUGAACUUACAGGACUUGAAGGCCCUUCAAAAACAGAGUGUGGCGAACCUAAAGGCAUCCAUUUUAAGUUUAAAGACCUUCUCUCGGAAAUCAAUUCACACAGUGCUAAUUAUUCACUCAGGAUGGUCAACAGACUGUAUGCUGAAAACACAUAUUCAAUUCUGCCGCAAUACUUAAAAUGUACAAACAAGUUGUACCAAGCAGGCCUGGAAAGUGUUGACUUUAAAAACGCUGCAGAAGAAUCCAGAAGGAUAAUUAACUCGUGGGUGGAAAACCAGACAAAUGGUCUGAUCAAGGAUUUGUUUGGCAUGGGCUCUAUUGAUACCUUCACGGCACUGGUCUUGGUUAAUGUAAUUUACUUCAAAGGAAAGUGGAAUAAAGGAUUUGAAGAAGAAAACACUAAAGAAAUGCCUUUUAGGAUAAACCAGCAAGAAACGAAACCUGUGCAGAUGAUGCAUCAGGCUGGCUUCUUUAAAAUAGCCUCCAUAGGAUCAGAGAAGAUCCAGAUCCUGGAACUUCCUUAUGCUAAUGAAGAAUUGAGCAUGAUCAUAUUGCUACCCAAUGACAUUUCUGACCUAGACCAGCUUGAAAAUACAAUCAACUUUGACAAAUUAAUGGCCUGGACAAGUUCUACCAAUAUGAGAAAAAGGAAAGUGGAAGUUUACCUCCCCCGGAUGAAGCUUGAGGGACAGUAUAGUCUUGCACCAGUGUUUAGCUCUUUGGGCAUGACUGACCUCUUUACCCAGUCAGCUGAUCUCUCUGGCAUCUCUACAGGAAGGAACCUGGCCGUGUCAGAGGUCAUCCAUAAAUCAUACAUGGAGAUUAAUGAAGAAGGCACUGAGGCAGCAGCUGCCACUGGAGUAACCAUUGUGCUAAUGUCUCGUGUGUUUCCUAUAAAGUUUAAGGCUGACCACCCUUUCCUCUUCUUUAUCCAUCACAAGAAAACCAACCUCAUUCUCUUCUAUGGUAGAGUCUCCUCCCCUUAAUAAAGCAGGGAUUAUGCAACAGGUUCUUAUCCCACAGAAUCAACAGACUACUAGUCAUAAUUAAAUUACUACCAAUUAAAAUAUAGUAUUUUCUUUCUGUUUCUCUGCUGAUCACAUUAAUUGUACUUUGACUGCCCUGUUCUGUCAAGUGUGAUAAAAAUUAAAUUCACCAGAUUUUGAUCUAU